AUAGACAGUUAUCUUUGACCUCUCAACCAAUACGAUAAGGUUAGUAACUCAGUAUUCUGGUUGCAGAUGAGUAGAAGAACGGAAAAUAUCUUUUCACUGAAAUUCACCGGAAAACGGGUAGUUCUCCUCUUUCUCCCUCUUCCGCGCAGUCAUGGCGGUAAGAACUUUGCUCAUCCUUCAUCCUAUCUUCCAAUGCUCCAAUCCUUCAAAUAAAGAAAGGCCAUUUCAGCAAACCCAUUCUCUCUCGUCUUUCCGAACAAACCUUAUCUCAUUUGGCUUUCGUCUUCGGAGCAAACUGUUAUUGUCUUCUCCUUCCUCACAACAAACGCCUAGCUCUCCCAAGGAUGACCCGGCGGAGGCUUAUCGAGCUGAGCCUCAUACAGAUAAGCCCAUCGGUUACCUCCUUAUCCGCUCCAUCUCGGGCCUUCUUGGUCGAAUAAGGGUUGACAAUGUUGGGCUUGAGAUACUUUCAAUAGCUUUGCCGGCGGCGCUGGCUUUGGGUGCCGACCCAAUUGCUUCUCUCGUGGAUACUGCUUUCGUUGGCCACAUAGGUUCAGUAGAGCUUGCAGCAGUUGGAGUUUCUGUUUCAGUAUUCAAUCUGGUUUCUAAAUUGUUCAAUGUUCCUCUACUUAACGUCACAACAUCUUUGGUCGCAGAACAGCAAGCACUAAACAGUAAUGAGGGAAGCAAUACACAGAAGCCUGAAAUGUUGAUGAGCGGCAAGAAGCAUCUCCCAGCAGUAUCAACUUCUUUGGCUUUGGCUGCUGGCAUUGGGAUUUUGGAAGCACUAGCAUUAUCAUUGGGGUCUGGACUGCUAAUGAAUAUCAUGGGUAUUCCUGUUGAUUCUCCUAUGCGUGUGCCAGCUGAACAAUUUCUUACCUUCCGAGCUUAUGGUGCUCCGCCUAUAGUCAUAGCACUUGCGGCACAAGGCACAUUUCGGGGUUUCAUGGAUACAAAGACACCAUUAUAUGCUAUAGCUAUUGGAAACUUACUGAAUGCAGCUUUGGAUGUUGUGUUACUAUUUUAUCUUGGUUUUGGCGUUGGGGGUGCUGCCAUAGCCACUGUAGUUUCAGAGUAUGUCAUCGCCUUUAUCCUUCUUUGGAAGCUAAAUGAGAAAGUAAUUCUUAUUCCUCCAAACAUGGGUGUUGGUGUUGUUCGCUAUCUUUCCUCUGGUGGUCUCUUAAUUGCAAGAACAAUUGCUGUUCUUCUGACCAUGACAUUGGCAACUUCCAUGGCUGCAAAAGAAGGUCCUAUUCCCAUGGCCGCUCAUCAAAUAUGCUUGCAAGUUUGGUUGGCAGUAUCUCUCCUGAAUGAUGCUUUGGCUUUAGCUGGACAGGCUCUGCUGGCAAGUGAAUAUACCAAGGGAAAUUAUAAACAAGCUCGUACUGUAAUAUAUCGAGCUUUACAGAUUGGAGUCAUAUCUGGAAUCAUAUUAGCUCUUGUUCUGUACCUGUCAUUUGAGGCCUUUUCUAGUGUAUUCACUAAUGAUCCAGCUGUCCUAAAUAUCAUUCGCUCUGGGGUUUGGUUUGUUACUUUAUCACAGCCAAUCAAUGCCCUUGCUUUUGUGUUCGAUGGGCUCUAUUAUGGCGUCUCAGACUAUGCCUAUGCAGCAUAUUCCAUGGUUCUUGUGGGCUUGCUUUCUUCUGUUUUCCUGCUUAUUGCUUCUGCCAUUUCUGGUCUUCCUGGAGUUUGGGCAGGCUUGUUUCUCUUCAUGUUCCUGAGAACUGCUGCUGGAUUCUUGAGGCUAGGAAGCAAAGCAGGGCCAUGGAAACUGGUUUGGUCUGAUGAUAACAGAAAACUGAACCAGGCAACAGAAGAAUGGCAUCCUUGAACCACGUAAUUUCUUAUCGAAACUGAAUGAUUUUGGAGUCACAGUAUACCUGCAAGCAUGAACGGAGGGAAGAUAGCCCAUAUAAUGAUAGAAGGCCAAAUUUAUGAUUCAUUCUUCUGACUUCUCCAUGACGUCCAAUCCAGGUAAACCAGUUCUCUGGUUAUUCAGUGUGAGAAGUAGCUUGGAAGCAAUUAUUUGAAACAAAGCAAAGCCUAUUGUAGCUUUGAAGGCCCCAUGAUCUGUUGUUCUUCGAUAGUGACGGCAAUUUAAAGGUUAAUUUACUGGUGUUUAUGAUUGUACAGGUCUUCAGGCUUAAUUGUUUUGGUUUUGUUGGACAUUUUUUUACUGUAAUAGGUCUUCUUUUCCAUUCUUUUUCA